UUGCAAUGAUGAUGACUGUAAAAAUGGCGGAAAUUGUACUGAAUUCGGAAGCUCCACACUAUGUGACUGCCUGCCAGGAACAUCAGGAGAUUACUGUUCUGAAAUUGCGGAUUGCAAGAUAGAUAAUUUUUGCGGUUCCGACAACGAUUCGACGUGCCUGUAUUACAGUUUCCAAAAGAAAGCUGUCUGUCAAUGCUCGAAUAUAAAAAAAAAUUAAUUACAAGGAGAAAAUCUGCAAAGAGUCGUGUUACGAUACUGAGUGCGAAAAUGGUGGUAACUGCACUUUAGAUAGAGAUUACAAAUUCUGUGAAUGCCUGCCAGGAACAACAGGUGACUACUGUUCUGAAAUUACGGAGUGCAAAAAAGAUAAUGUUUGUGCUGCCGACAAACACUCGACCUGUGCGUUUGACACUCUUCAAAUGAAAGCUUUCUGUCGGUGUUCGAAUCCUAUUAAGAAAUUUGAUUACAAGGAUCAAAUUUGCAAAGAACCGUGUCAAGAAGGUGAGUGCAAAAAUGGUGGUAAUUGCACCGAACACGGAGAUUCGAAAUAUUGUGAAUGCCUACCAGGAACCACUGGAGACUUUUGCUCUGAAAUUACGAAAUGCAAGAGCGAGAAUUUUUGUGGCAUCGACGAAGAUGCUAUGUGUGCGUACGAUACUCUGCGAAUGGAGGCUACCUGUCAAUGUUGGUAUUCUAGUAAACAAUUUGAUUACGAGAAGAAACUCUGCAAAGAACCAUGUCAAGAAAAUGACUGUCAGAAUGGCGGAAAUUGCACAGGACACGGGGAUUUCAAAUUCUGUGAAUGUCUGCCAGGAACAGCUGGCGAUCAUUGCUCUGAAAUUACGGAAUGCAAGAAAAAGAAAUAUUGUGGUACCGAUAUAUACUCGACGUGUACGUAUGAUACUCUUCGAAUGGAAGCUGUGUGUCAAUGCCUGUAUCCUCGUAAGCAAUUUGAUUACGAGGAGGGAAUCUGCAGAG